AUGGUCAAGGCUCGUAAGAUAGCCGUGGUUGGCUCCCGAUCCGUAGGAAAGUCUUCAAUGACGGUUCGUUUUGUCGAAGACCAUUUUGUCGAGUCAUACUAUCCAACCAUAGAGAACCAGUUUCUGAAAACGAUCAACUACAAGAACCAAGACUACGCCAUAGAAAUUUUGGAUACGGCGGGCCAGGACGAGUUUCUGAUAAUGAACGAGAAACAUCUAAUCGGUAUUCAUGGCUAUUUGUUGGUUUACUCUGUGACACUGCGUCAAUCAUUUGAAUUGAUUUCUGUCAUCAGAGACAAGAUCCUUAACUCCAUUGGCACUGAUGCAAUUCCUAUGGUUCUCAUAGGAAACAAAUGCGAUUUGAACUACCAGAGACAAGUAGACACAGUAGAAGGGCAGCAGUUGGCCAAGACGUUUGGAUGUAAAUUCUUGGAGAGUUCGGUUCGUGAAAAUAUCAACAUCAACCAGGCGUUUGAAAACUUGAUUGACGAAAUCGAAGUUAUCCAGAACCCUCCAGCCAAACAAGAAGAACGAUGCUCGAUCAUGUAA